GACAACAUUUCCAUGGAGAAUUGCCUGGAGUUUUACACCCUGGCGUAUUCCCAUAACCACCGGCCUCUCCUCCGCCCAACCUUGUCCUACGUCGCCUUCCAUUUUGAACACCUUUCAGAGAGUCCUGCUUUUCUCCUUCUUGACUUCAGCACCCUGGUCAGCCUCAUCUCCUCAGACAACCUGGUGGUGGAGUCUGAACUGACUGUGCACAGGGCCGUGUGCCGUUGGGUCAAGUGUCGUCCUGGCGAGCGUCUCCUGAAACUGGCAGAACUGAUGGCUCACGUCCGCCUUCCUUUGAUGACACCAGAAGAGCUUGCUGAAGUCCAGGAUGACAUGGAAGAAUUUUGCCAGCCAGUGCAGUUGCAGUGGAAGGAACUCAGCUCAGAAGAAAGGCUGAAGGCCAGCGGAGGGCUCAGGCAGGGCAUGUACCACCAAGGCGUGGUGUUUAUUGGGCUGCCAAAGUGGAAUGAGAUAAGUCCAGAGAGCGAGGAACUGGAUUCUCAUGUGCACUUUUUCGACCUUUCCACUGAACAAUGGGAACAACUGCCUGAUCUGAAAUUACUGACCUUCCCUGGUUGCACCUCCGUGAGCCACAAACUCUACGUAGCUGGUGGGCGGUUCUUAGACAAUUCCUGUUCGGACAAUCUGUUUGUGUAUGAUGCACUGUGGGGCCGCUGGUCCCAGCUCCCCUCCAUGUCUACAGCUCGAGCAUGGCAUGCAUUCCACUUCUGCAACAAUAAGCUGUACGCUGCUGCUGGCUGGGAUAAUACGGGACCCCUCGCAUCUGCUGAAUGUUUUGACUUGGAGCAAGAAGAAUGGGCCCCUAUCUCCAACCUGCCUUUCUCCUUGGCCUGCUUUGCCUCUACGACAUUCAGGCGCAAGCUGUACCUUAUCGGUGGAGAGACGAACAUGGGAGGCCCUGACCUGCCAAGCCCAUUCCGGGGAUUUCUGGUUUAUGAUCUUGUAUCAGAAGCCUGGAACCAGGUCCUUGUGGCAUUUGAAUUCUACGAGGCAAGCGCCAUUGCAUUGGACAACUGUAUCUUUGUCGUCGGCGGGCUGUCUGAAGACAUUGCCCUAGGAGGUCGCCGAUUCACCGGACACUGUACCUGCCUGCUUGAGGAUGGCACAAUGGACCGAGGCAUCUGUAUCCCAUCAGUGCCCAUCUCAAUCUCUUAUCCAGGUGUCACUCGCUGGCAGAAGAAGAUUUAUGUCUUUGGGGGCAACUGCAAUGACUCCUGUUCCAGUGCUAUCCAUUACUGGGAGCCAGGCUUCCUGAGCUGGACCCGGUGUGAAGCAAGUUUACCUGACCCCAAUUAUGGAGCAUUUGGAUUUGGUUGUACAGAGCUGAAGGUGCCCCGAAAAAGGAUUGUCUCUCUGUUUCAAACAAGAUCUGCCGCAUCAGUGUCAAUAGAUAGCACACAGCAAGAUGCUGUGAUGCUGGCCUAA